GGAGAUUGUUUUGAUUUUCAGCCUGUGCUAGCCUCCUGCAAAGUCCAACAAGCUAUUUUAUCUAUAUUCUUUGCAGAUUACAGCUUAUCAAGAUGACCUUGUGUUUGCAUUUGUUCGAAUCACUAAGUAAACGUCUGAGAUAUACACUCGUUGACUGUAGACUCUCGUGUAUUACCGACACGGAGUCUUCUAUGAGAUCGAAAUCUUGACGUAUCCUCAGUGGUCGUCUGCAUUCGUGAAUCAGUGUGGGUAUUACACGCACAAAUACAGACGCACACAUACCCCAGGGUCACACGAGGCACUGUAUUACUUUUAUAGCCAACUGUGGGAAGGGUGACCAUAGUAAAAUAAUUUUUGACGCUGAACCCAACUUGCCAAAUGUGAACUGUGAACAGUUUCGCUCACAUUAAAACACUCCCGAACAAAGUGCAGAGCAGAUGGCAAGCCGUACGUGUCCGAAAAAUUCACCGGACUAGAUACUAAAUUUUGAUGAUUUUUCAGAUACAUUGUGUCCAUAAGUGUCACAUUAUUGUUUUUUUAAUUGAUAUUAUAUUUCUGAAUGCCAGAAUGUGCACUUUUAUAUAAACAGUAAGACUGAUGCUUGAGGUAUGGAUAUUAAGGACUCAGAUUUUUUACAUAGACGCUCAUCCACUUACCUUCUGUACAAGACCAUUGUGCCACAUGCAACAAUAUUCCAACUAUAUGACGGCGGUCUGUAAAUAAUCAAGUCUGGACCAGACAAUCCAGUGAUUGACAUCAUUUGGGAUCGAUGAACUGAGGUUUCCAUUUGUAUCAAAGCAGGAUUCUGUCCUCAUAGUAUCUUAGAUUUGUGUUGUAUAUUCAUUGGAGCUGAACAAUCUCGGAACAAUAUCAAAACAGUUCACAUCUUUGCAGAGGGUCACACCUUGAAGGGAUCGGAAAAUAUGUCAUUGACUGGCUGUCUUUGUGUAGCAUCACACCCAACACAUCCAGAAGGUAGCAGGACUUGCUGUCACUGACUGGCUGUCAUAGCUUAAUAUCAUAUCCUGAAGGUAGAGGGAUGUGUCCGUCAUUGACUGGCUGUCUUUGCUGAGCGUCGUGCCUUGAGAAUUGUGGGCACUGUCUGACACUGGCUGUCUUAGUGUAACAUCAUACCCUUACAACAGUUGGGAAUGUGUAUCAUUGACUCUCUUAGCAUGACAUCAUGUCUUGAAUGUAGUGGGAUGAGCUGUCAUUGAUUGACACCAGGGAUAGACACAACCACUAGUUGUUAGUCUGAGAACAGUGAAACUAGAGCAUGAAGAGGGAUGUAAUGGUCAUACACUUAAAGAUGUCUUCAUUUUAUGAUGCUUCAGUUGGGUAUCAAGGUAGACUAUUUUCAUUUUCUUAAGCCCAAUAGGGUGCGCUUUGCACUAGUUUAUUUAUAGAUGCAUGUCAUCAAGGCAGGUAAGGCAUGCACAGAGCCUCAUGGCAGCUGGCUAGGUAGCCACAUGAGUUGAUAAAAGUGGUCAACAACUAGAUGUUGACGAGGUAAAGCAGAUGAAGUUGGUCCCUUGCCUGUACAUCCAGCAGUAGCUGCAGCAACAUGGUGUCCUGAAUCAUCCAUCACAUCUCACCUGGUUCAUACAGCGCCGGCCACCAUGUUGAUCAAGGAGUACCGCAUCUCCCUCCCCAUGAGUGUGGAGGAGUACAGGAUAGCUCAGCUCUAUAUGAUACAGAAAAAGUCUCGCCAGGAGAGUCAUGGAGCUGGGAGUGGAGUGGAGAUUCUGGAAAAUACACCCUACACGGAGGGACCAGGAGGUAGUGGGCAGUACACCUACAAGAUAUACCACAUCGGCAGCCACCUGCCAGGUUGGUUUCGAGCGAUCCUACCCAAGUCAGCUCUCAGGGUGGAGGAGGAGGCCUGGAACGCCUACCCCUAUACAAAGACCCGCUACAAAUGUCCCUUCAUUGAGAAGUUCCUUUUGGAGAUUGAGACCAAGUACCUUGACAAUGGUGGCACAACAGACAAUAUCUUCAAUAUGUCCCCGUCAGAUAUGAGGCAGAGAGUUGUUGACGUUCUGGACAUUGUUCGAGACCCGGUCACAAGCGGGGACUACACCAAGGAGGAGGACCCUAAGCUGUACAAGUCCUCAAAGACGGGACGUGGUCCUCUGGAGGACAACUGGCGGGAGGACUACAGCCAGGCCAUCCUUGACCCCAGCAACACCACCAAGGCCAUCAUGACCGCCUACAAGCUGUGCAAGGUGGAGUUCCGGUACUGGGGAAUGCAGAACAAGAUAGAGAGAUUCAUUCAUGAUAUUGCAUUACGGAAGACGAUGUUGCGUGCUCACCGACAGGCAUGGUGUUGGCAGGAUGAAUGGAGUGGUUUAACUUUGAAUGACAUCAGGCAGUUAGAACUGGAGACACAACUGGCACUUCAGGAGAAGAUGGCAGCUGCCACUGAAGAGGAAGAAGGAGAAACUGCAAAAAGAGGAAGUAUAAAGGGAGAUAACUCUGUGAGAUUUUCUGAGACAUCCUCUAGUGAAACUCAAGACAAUGCUCAUUUAAAUUCUAAGGUGCUAAUCAAUCGGACAGCUUCUCAGGAGAGCAGUGCCACAAUAGUUAACGGGGAAUCAGGACCGAGAAGAAGAUCACUUGGAUCCAGCAAGAGAUCAGUUGGAGGCUCAAGUCGAGAUGUGUCGGAGUGGAGGUUUGAGAGUCUGGAACAGCUCCAGGAGUCUAGCUCAGAUGAAGAUGAGUUCUUUGAUGCUCAAGAGGGGAUGGAGGCUGAAGGUGAAGAAGGCCACAGGGGCAGGGGGAUGGUGCGGUCGUCGUCCAUGGAGAUGGUGUCCAGUGGGGACGAGUAUGCUGAUGCACUGUCCGAAGAGACCAACUUUGGUCGACGGGUUGAGCAGUUCCGAAUGAUGUACAGUGUGGAUGCCUCCCUCCCAUCAUCCCUGGACCUGCCGCAUCCGCAAGCAAGUGGUGCUUGCCCUGUGAAAAUACUCUUCCUUGUCCUGCACGGAGGCAGUGUGUUGGACUCUGGUAAGGAGCCCACAAAACGGAGUGAUUUCUUGACGCUGCGGUCGACGUUCGAGACUGUGAUACAGUCCCACUACCAUGCAGCAUCUGGCCAGCUGGCAUUCCGCCAUGUGCCCAGCCCGCAGGUCUGCAGCGACACUCUCUCCAUACUGUCAAGCUUAAGUCCAUACCAUUUUGAGAGCCAGGCUGCUAUGAACUCUGGUGAGAACACGUUGUCAUGGUCACAAGACUUUGUGCCGUUGGGGGCAAUAGCUUUGUUUGCAUCAUCAAGUACAGAGUACCAGGAUCAUGUGAAUACCACUGUCGUGAGGGCCAACCAGGUGUUUCAGGAAUUCCUCUCGUCUGAUGAAGGAAGGGGCUUUGCUGGCCAGAUUUGUAUAUUGGCGGACUCGACAGGUUCACUGUUGGCCUACGAUGCCCUGACUCGCGCCAGUCAACACAGCAUGCGAGGUGGAAGUCGAUACGGCAGUCACAACAGCCUGGAGGAGGAGGGUGGGGGGGAUUCUAAGUCAUGUGACCAUCGACAAACUGGACGUAGAACGUUGCAGGAAACGAAACAGCUAAGUCAGAGUGACCCUGACCUUGCUCCUGAAGCUAAUGCCACUCAUCUUCUUGAUCACACGGAUAGGUACAAGAGAAGUAAAAGUGAGGUAGUACCCCCUGAUUUUAUGGAGUUACGCCGCCAGGGGUCUUCACGACAAAACUCGACUCAUUUAAGCGUUAAUCAAAGUGAAAAUGCUGCAUCUCGAAGGACUAGUACUGGCAGCCAUUUUGAAAGUAGUUAUACGAAGUUUGAGUUUGAUGUGUCAGAUUUCUUCAUGUGUGGGUCUCCACUCGGACUUGUUCUGGCAUACAGGAGGUUAUUCUCGGGAGAGGACAAAAACUGUCCCCCUCUGAAGCCAUCCUGCCACCAGGUGUACAACCUCUUCCACUCCAACGACCCUAUCGCCAUCCGCCUCGAGCCACUCGUUCAGGGAGGCUUUCGACAUGUACCACCUAUCAAGAUCUCACGAUUCAGCAAGUUCCCGCUCGGCGAUGGGGAGCCCAUUCAUGUUGUUGAGACAGUACAGAACCACCUCAGCUUGUUCACUGAUGGUCAUCGACAUUCCGUGUCGCCUGGACACCCGAGCCUCCAGCGACAAUCAAGUACCUCCAGCGUCUCCAGUACAACCUCGGGCGUGGGGGAGACAGCGGUCACCAGUAUUACUAAUGUGACAAGUCGCUGGUGGGGUACGAAGCGUAUCGACUUUGUGUUGUACUGCCCCGAGGUUCUCCAUUCGUUCCCGACCAACGCCCUACCUCACCUCUUCCACGCCAGCUUCUGGGAGUCUACAGACGUUGUCGCCUUCAUCCUCAGACAGGUUUUGCGACAUGAUGCUGUAGCCGACACUGACCGCACCGCCAGGGGAGCGGUGUCGACCUUCACCUUGGCUCACCCUCGUGAGAAGUGGCUCAAGCGAAGAACUACCAUCAAAGUCAGGAACCUACAGCCCAACCACCGAGCGAAUGAUGUGAUUGUGUUGGAGGACAAGACCCAGGUGUUGUCUGGGAAGUUCAUGUAUGGCUCUCUGGACAUCACCUCGCUGACAGGGGAGAAGGUUGAUGUUUACAUAAUGACCCAGCCUCCAUCUGGGGAUUGGGUGUUUAUCGGCACUGAGGUGACGGAUGGACAUGGUCGACUCGUGUUUGAGAUACCCACAGAGAAGAGGCUCAGUCAGGGGAUGUACCCUGUCAAGAUGAUUGUCAAGGGUGACCACACAUCAUGUGAUUUUUACCUGACGGUGCUUCCCCCGAAGACAGAAACUGUCAUCUUCAGCAUCGAUGGUUCCUUCACCGCCAGUGUCAGCAUCAUGGGCAAGGACCCGAAAGUCAGAGCAGGGGCGGUUGAUGUUGUCAGACACUGGCAGGAGCUGGGCUACCUGAUCAUGUACGUGACGGCGCGGCCGGACAUGCAGCACAGGAAGGUGGUGUCCUGGCUGGCCAACCACAACUUUCCACACGGCAUGGUCGCAUUCAUGGACGGCUUCUCCAAGGACCCACUUCGACAGAAGCUCAAUUAUCUCAAAGCUUUGCAGAAUGAGGCCCAGAUAGUGUACAAGUCAGCGUAUGGCUCCAGCAAGGACAUCUCCCUGUACAAGGAACUGGGUGUGGGAGUAUCACAGAUCUUCAUUGUGGGAAAGGCCUCCAAGAAACAACAUGCUCAAGCUCAGAUCAUAUCAGAUGGGUAUGCCGCUCAUCUAACGGACCUGAUGUCACCAGGAAGGUCAAGGCCAGCAGUUGGGAAUGCCAGGAUGUUCCUGAGGAAAAGCUGCUUCCGACUUCCGCGCCCUCAAGAAAAUAGGAAAAUGACAAAGCGUACGAUUUCUGUCCCUUGCCAUGGAACAACGACGGCCGACCUGUUGACCAGCUCGGAGUUCACCCAAAACGUCACCACCAAGAUUACCGUCACAGACACAGCAGCCGGUGACCAGGGCUCCACAACAUCACCAACGACAGAGAAACAAAGUGGAAAGUCACCCUCUCUGAAGAAGCGCUUUAGCCGCACAGAAUCAGCUGUGUAAUGUGACUGCUGUGCAUUAGUUCAUUGUUCCAUCUACUUCAGGGUAGUCGCUGGUCACUGAUGAGAAUCAAGACGUGUAGGGGAGUUGGAUGUUGUCACGGGACUGCUCCCAGUCUCUCAUCACUCGGCACGAGAAGAAUCAUUGCUGCCCUCUGCUGUUCAAGGCAGUAGCCGCCAGUCAUGUUGGCUCGUACGAACAUCGUGGGUUUAGAUGAGGGUAGAAAAAACCGAUGAAUGACUUGUCAGGUUAUUCUUGAAUAGUCAGUUACAGCCUUCCUGGGUUAAUUAUUUAUGAGAAUUUCAUCCCCUGUUUGUCCUAUAGUGAAAUGUACGGUAUGGCUGACUUUAUGAAGGAGGUGGUAUCAUUUUUAUGGAGUGUGAGGAUCAAGAGAAUGCAUGUUAGUCCAGGCCAGGGAUGAAACUUUCGUAGAUAAAUACCUGGGUUGUUUCAUAUGUGAAGUGGGCAGGUGAGUGAAAAAUAUUUGAAUGUCAGAUGAUACAUUUUAUAUAGAAGAUGUAGAUGUAGAAUUUAUGCUGUAUGAAGGACAUUGGUAUUUUGGUAGAAUGCCAAUCAUGGUUUGUUCAUGAAACAGCCAAAUACAUUACAUUUUGUUAUUACUGUUAUUUAUUCAUGUAUAUUUUAAGUCAUCCAUGUUAUUUAUUAAUGGUUCAAAUGAUUUAUUUUGAUAAAAUCUGAUCAAUGUUUCAAGAAGGUUUUCCCAAUUUCAAUAAGGAUGGGUAGAUGUUCAGAAUUCUGGAAUUUAUUUGAAAACUGCUUCAUUGAAGUCUUCUCGAGUCAAAAUCUUUGGUCUAGGUGUUGUCCUAGGUAAUGUUCAAGGGCUUGUAGGUAAUGUCAUGGUUUGGUCUAGUUCUUGUUGCUAGUUCUAAAUCAGGGUCUUGUGUUUGGACUUGUUGGUCUAGGGCAUGUCCAAUAUCUAGAUCUUUGCGUGGUGUAGAUCUUGUCUGAAGUCUUGUUCCAGGUCUAGAACAUGUGGUAGAAGUAGGUCCUUCCGUGGUCUAGGUCUUGCUCUUGUUCUAUUUCAGGGUCUUGGUCUAGGUCGAGGGCAUCUCCUUGAUCUAGAUCUUUCCUUGGUCUAGGUCAUGUCCUCGAAGUAGGUCCUUCCUUGGUCAAAAUCAUCCAAAGUGUUGUUCUAAGUUCAGGGCAUGUCCUAGAUCUAGAUCUUUUCUUGGUCAAGAUCAUGUCCUCGAAGUAGGUCCCUCCUUGGUCAAAAUCAUCCAAAGUGUUGUCCUAGGCCGAAGGCAUGUCCUAGAUCUAUGUCCUGCCUUGAUCCAGGUGUCGUCCAGUGUUUAGGUCACAGUCAGUCUUGUCCUAGAUCUUGUUCUAGGUCAGUCCUCUUGGAAGAGGAAGAGAAAUGAUGUUUCAAAGAAAAGGGUGACACUUUUUAAUUGGGUUAUUUUCAAAUCCUCAUCAUUUAUCUGUGAUUAUUGUCGUCUCCUUUCAAAAAAUUGCAAUGUCCUCAGAAUACUGUCUGUUCAUUUAAACAGUCUUGUUAUGAAGUUGCACCACACAUGGCACGGCUACAUUUCCACACCGCCACCACAAGCUUGUCCAGUUCUCCUGUAUACUCACACAUGUGUUUUCUAUGUAUAUGAGGUGUUUUCACAAGAGCCAUGUUUCCUUGACGACAUGUCGGCAGCUUUUAUCAGCAAUUGCUCUGUUGUGUUGAGUACAGAUAUUUUGCACAAUGGCUGUGGUUGUUUUUGUCGUGUGAUGUGAUGUGAUGUGUUGUGUAUGGUAAGAGGAAUGUUAAGAAUGCUUUUUAUCAUAUUCUUAAACAUUCAUUAAAAUUGUUUAUUUGGAUACAAAUGUAUGGUUUGGAUACUUUAUUUGCUGUGUGUGAAGUGCAUCGUGCAUAUCACUGAUUAUCAUUUGUAAAUGAAAAUCACUUUAUUUUAAGCAGAAAGAUCAUAGUUGGUUGUUAGGGAAUUGGGACUUGUUAAUUGAAUAUCAUCUCAAUGAUUGACAAUUUAUUAUACAGAGAAAACGAUUUAUUAUUCUCAUUUCUCAUUUAGAAACUCUUAGAAAUAGGGAAAUCUGAUUUUUCUUUGGGGAAAUAGCUUAGCGUGCAAAAUAGUUUCCCUGCAAUUGUGUUUGAAAUUGUUUAUUGUUUAUUCAUUGAUUUGUCGUGAUUUUAAUUCAUAGUUAUACACAUGUGUUCAAAGAAAAGUCAUAUCGUAAAAAUGUCAUUGAUGUCACAAUCACAUCACGUCAACUCAUGAUUGUCAGUUAGUGGUCAGUUACUUGUUAAUGUUGCCAAAGAAUCAUUGCUCAAAUAGAAAAUCCCUUCAAAUGGUGAUGUUUUGUUGCCAUGGUGAUUGCACAGCUGCUGUUCUCGAUGGAUAAUAUUCCAAAUUUGUUGUUGCCAUUUGGGUACAUGUUUCGUGUAUAACACUUUUUCGGUGUUUUUUUCUGGGUAUUUGUGUCUUACUUUUGAAAAAAUUAAAGUGUUUUGGCUACAAGGUCUAUUUGCAGUAGAUUUUGGAUUGUAUUAUAUUAUUAUUGGCAUGUAACUAACAUCACAUGCAAAUGUCAUGAAAAGAAAAAAAGAAUGAGAAAACUGAUUUAACCGGAAUUCUGUAAUUGGUGCAAUCUCAUUAAAAACAGAUCUUAGUUCUCGCUACCGCUAAACAAAGAUCUGAGAACUCUGACCGACCAAUGGAAUGACUGACAAGAAGUCGACAAAUAGCCAAUCAGUAGGCAGCUUUCUCGUGCUUUAUGGCACUAAUUUCAAAUUGGCAAAACAUAUUUUGACAAAUUCCCGAUUAAAAAUUUGACACCUGAACAAGAGAACAUUCUGGAAUGGCUAAUAGAUGGCCUAGAUUGUAUGGAUUCAGUCGUUAAGCCUACUAUUGUUCGGUAUACCCCUUGUUAAUGUUUUCGAGGUUGCAUGAUUAGAAAUCACAUUCUGACUAUCACUUUCAUGAUCUGGUAAGCGCCGCUCUGAUUGGUGGGAUGAAAGGUCGUUCUGACGUGACCCCUAAUGGGAUGUCCUCAGAUCUUUGCUUAGCGGUGGCGAGAACUAAGAUAGGUAAUUGGGUGUGAAUAGGGCUCCCUUUGACCAAGGUACUGAAAUAUGAGCGUCCCCCUAUGCCCAUCCUGGUCUCAGUACUUGUAAGAAUAGAAAUAUAUGAAAUAUUAAGACAAUUUAUGUGUUUAUAAAAAGGGACCUGAUAUUCCAAGGGUGCGUGGAAUUUAAUUAAAAAAAACAUUUGUACAAGAAAAUUAUCAAAAUAUUAAUUUUGCUUCUGGUUUACCAAGGAAUGGAAUUGUUUAGUUGACAUGCUGGUUGCCCUGACAAUUGUGUUGUAGAUCCCACUAAUUGUUUGGCUUAUCCUUUCUUUGAUAAAAGUGGUAUUUUUUUAAGCACAGACAAAAUAUCCAAGCGAUAAAUAUUAUUGGUCUGUCCACGAGAAAGAAUGGAUAAUAAUUAAGUGAUGUUGCAGUUAUCCACUUUAUGUGGCUCCCUGUCCUCCACUGUUCACCACCCACUAGAGAUUCCACAUUAGAAUUGGUCCCCAGCCAGUUGAAGACAGUAAAGUUGCCAUGCCUACCAUCACUGGUUGGUCAGCACCAUACCUGUGCACUAUGGUUCACCAGAGUGGUACAUGUCUAUGAGCUGCCCCACUUCGGGCUAGCCUCUUGCAGAAUCAUUAAGCACCAUGGUAUGACUGAAGUACUAUUCAAGUAUGUCAGUAUAUCUACUGAAUACUGGUCCCCAGCAAUCUACUGAAUAUUGGUCCCCAGCAAUCUACUGAAUAUCGGUCCCCAGCAAUCUACUGAAUAUCUAUAUGAAGAUGAUAGUGUUUUCUUGGAUUUUAGGCCUUUUUAUUUUACUUAUUAGGUGUACAUGUUUGUAGACUACAGGCCUCGUCACAGGUUCUUGUAACAGUCGGCAUUGCAUUGGAUGUUUCUGAAUCUACACAUUACUCACAAUGUCAAGCAAUGUAUUGUGUUGUCGAUAUGUCAGUGUUUAAUUUAUGUGAGUGAUGGACAACAUACAGAUAGCUGACUUAUUUGUUCCCACAACUUUCUUACUGUCCUUUCAAAAGUGGUUACCGUAUGCGACGUAAUAAGCACCCCGCUCUAAUAAGCGCCCAUGGAGAUAUUUGCUAAUAUAUUGGCCAGUGAACAAUCCCAAUUAGCACCCCUUCCGAUUGAUCAAUGUACCCAAGACUUAUUUAUUCGCGUAUAAUACUCACUCGAGUGCUAUAUGCUUCAGGCUGUCAGCACAAACCACGAAAUUUAUCUUUCAAUUCUGUUUUUUUCCACCAAAAUAAUAUUCUAAUAAGAGCCCCCUAUUUCUAAUUUUGAGAGCGCCCUGGGCGCUUAUUACGUCGAAUAUGGUAUUACGGGGGGAAAAUAAACAAUUAAUGAAAUCAAGAAAAGGCCAUUGUCUCUAUCAAAAUCGCCAGGUUCAUGUUCAAAGUUUCCUUACUGACGUUCAGCAACCCUCUGAUGGAGUAUAGAAAUUAGCGAAAGUGAUGAAUCUUCUGAAGUUACAAGUCAUGCUGGAGUUUUGGACAGAAGGGUUAUCUGUAGUAACGAGAUGCCUACACAUACUCUCGAUCAGCUUGUUGCAAUAUGGUGCACGGUAUGAUACUUAUUUCAUAUGGGGGAAUAUGACGAAGGUGCCUAAGUUACUCAGCGCAGUGGAAAUAACAGGUCUGAGACAUACAGUGUAUCUAGUAGGGCUUAGCGAGAAGGGCUUAGAGAGUCACUUGGCCUCGGUACAGUGGUGUCGUGGUUGAAAGGUCACAAUACUGUGUACAAUGUGAUGCAGGAUAAGUUGAUACUUGUCAUGGUGUGGAGCAUAUUCCAUUGUAGAACACAAUACUGGAGACCCACAGUGGUUUGAUUAUAGCUCAUUCUGUCGGAAAACAGUUCAUACCGUCAGAAAACAGUUCAUACUCCCAGAAAACAGUUCAUACCGUCAGAAAACAGUUCAUACCGUCAGAACACAGUUCAUACCAUCAGAAAACAGUUCAUACUGUCAGAAAACAGUUCAUACCGUCAGAAAACAGUUCAUACCGUCAGAAAACAGUUCAUUUCCAUACCAUAUUACGUCGUUGUGUAAGCUUGUAUCAUUUUGCAUCAAAGUAUUGUAAUGUUCCGAUACCAGGGUGAACCAUUAGAAUUACCAUAUUCCCUGUAACAAGCACGCAUAGAAAAUUUAUAAGGGGGUGCUUAUUAGAACCAUACACAGGAUUACUUAAAGAUUACUUACAGAUUGUCAGGGAUUGAAUAAUACAGCGAAUACCGUAGAUCUGUUUAUUCGAGCUGGCAUGAGAAGGGAAAAAAGUUCAUAUUUACAUGUGGACUUCAGAGAACUUUCUUCCUAGAUUAUUUCCAGAUCAUUUAGCUGUAUUUACUUGGACAUUGAUAAUAACAUAUAAUAAUAUAUUCAUUAAGUAGAUGUGUAGUAUUUGGGCUAUAUUUUAACAAUCUAUAAGUUUUGAUUACCGUAUUCGACGUAAUAAGCGCCGACGGCGAUAUUUGCUGAUAUAUUGGCUUGUGAACAAUCCCAAUUAGCACCCCUUCCGAUUGAUCAAUGUACACAAGACUUAUCUAUUCGCGUAUAAU